AUCAUUUGCUCAUUGUCGUUCACUUAAAGUUUUAGUCUUAAAAUGUCGGAUGAAUAUUCCAAAGGCGCUGGUUUUGAUCUGUGCGCCAGUCAGUACGCGCCAAAUGGUCGUCUCCUGCAGCUCGAAUAUGCCGCCAGAGCUGCUGACAAUAGUGGCACUGUCAUUGGCGUUUGUGGCAAGGAUUCUGUGCUUAUAGCCGUUGAGAACUUAAACAUAAACAAAUUAUUUGAAAAGGAUGCCAAUCAGCGCAUUUUCAAUAUAGAUGGCAACAUUGGCAUGGCCGUCGGUGGGCUGCUGGGCGACUGCAACAUCUUGGUGGAUCGCGCCCGCCAGGAGGCCGCGAGCUAUCGGCAAAAGUAUGAGCGAGGCAUUACCCUGGAGCUGCUCUGCGAACGCGUGGACAGCUUCCUGCAUGCCUACACUCUGUACAGCGCCGUUCGUCCCUUUGCACUUAGCAUUAUGAUGGCAAGUUGGGAUAACAAAAAUGGACCGAGACUCUACAAAAUUGAGCCAUCAGGCACCACCACGGGACACUUUUGUUGCUCCUUUGGCCAGGGCUCAGAGCAGGCCCUAAGCGAAAUGGAGAAGUUUGAGUUUAAGGAUUUCCCUACGGAUCAGCUGGUCAAAGCGGCUGCUGAAAUCAUUCACGGCGUUCAUGAUAAACGCAAUGACAAAAACUUUCGCUUGGAUGUGGGCAUAGUCGGUGGUCAAACCAAAGGAAAAUUUGAAUACAGAUUGAUACAGCAGUAAAAAAGUAGAGCAGAAAGAUCACUGCCAGAAUCACACUUGAAAGCCACACAACAAAAAUAUGCAAACCAACAGAAGUGCGCUGCUGCAUUACACGAAAUAUUUACGCACUGAAAUCUGCAGCUAUCUUGAACGUUGCGUGUUUUCCCCAUAUACAUAUUUGUGCAUGUAAUUUUAGUUAAAUUACUUUCCAUAAAUUCAGAAACAUUUCCUUAACUGCGCAGACGUAACUCUGUUUAACAGCUAAUACAACUUUAUGUUCUGCUAAAACGUGACUUUAACAUCCUUAUAAGUUAUAACCAUAAAAAGCAGCCAG